GCCUAAGUAGGCAGCAUGGUGUACAAUUCGGACACGGCCUCAGCCUCUAGUUUGUUAGUUAGGUUAGCGGGCUUAACGAAGUUAACUAGGUCUUUGUUAGCUGUUUGGUUUUACCUGAACGUUGUUUGUCGGAGUUGUAGCUUAGUAAACCACCGUUCUACCUCCACAAACCCGAAGAGACAGCAAAAAAUGGAGUCCAAGAAAUUAAAGCAGCCCAAGGCACCAAAAUCUGAGGUGAAAGCCCCUCUUCGUCGAUGGGAAGAAGCGGAAGACGAGGAUUUCUGUAACCCCGACAAACUGCUUGUGUGUCCCUACGACCCAAACCACCAGAUCCGCGCCUGUCGCUUCCCUUACCAUCUCCUCAAGUGCAAGAAGAACCAUCCUGAAUUGGCCAAUCAACUGUGGACGUGCCCAUUCAAUGCCCGUCACCUCAUGCCCAAGCAUGAGUUAUCCCAUCACAUGUCGAACUGUGUGGACAGGUGCUCUGUGAGUGCUGACUAUGUGGAAAGUGCUGAGACACAGCGCAAAUUUCAGGUACCUGUCAAUAACUGGACAACCCCGGAGUGUGAUGAAGAUUGGGACCAAGAGGAAGAGGAGACAGUAGUCCCGGCAACACCAUUUGUCUGGGGAUUGUCAACCUCGCAACUUGGACAAGAAAGGUCUGAACCAACUGUGACCAACAGUUUGUCCUCCAGUCUCAGAGCACCAAGAGUUUUUCCUUGGAAACUGGACAAGUGAAGAAUGUUAUUUCCUCUAAAGCACUGUUGGUGAACAUGUUCAUCUUAUUUUGAGUUUAAUUUACAACACACUGAAUCUUUUAUUGACGACCCAAGUCCAAGAGAAUCACUCAGAAUGACUCAGAAUAGCUUUCAGACUGGGUUUCAGAAUGUUUAAAGGUGUGUCAGUUAAGUUAGUUUUUGGUUUGGCAUGUGAGAUUGUGUCAAACAAAAGAGAAGGAUGCAAGCAGGAUCUAAGAGCAGUUAACUGUGACCUCUAGUACAUUGUCAUGGGUUGCUUUUGUGUUUCAAGUGCCAGGAUGUUUUCAUACUUCUCAGUUUUCAAUUGAUGACGUUUACAAAAAAAACUGUAUGAUUCUGAAGCCUUACUGACAUUUUACGUGCACUUACUGAUGCUAGCCUUUGGUUAAUGUUUUGUGGCCUGGACUUCUAUGUACCGUUAGUUUAACUUAAAUUAAGAACAUAUUUAGGCUGCAUAAAAAUUGUGACAACUUACC